GCAUGACUGGCAACUGCCUCCAGGCCUGGGCGACAGAGAUUUGGAAGCGAUGGUCUGGGAGGUGCAUCGGUUAUGCUCAUCCACUGGGCCAAUAUCCAUGCAGCAGGCACUUCGUUUAGUGCUAGGCAUGGCUUACAACAUAGAGGCGGCCGUCGCAAAGUGGCGCGAGGUGGCCGCUUGGCGAGAGGAGCAGCGCAUGGCCUUGGUGCGCGAAAGGCUCGACGCGAUGAUGCGCAGCAACGCCGACAUCUCGUUUCCACAUGAGCAGGAGGUGUACGGCAAGUUGUUCCGUGGCUGUCCCUGUGCGCUCCUGACAGCCGAUGGCCGCCCCGUGUCAGUUUGGCAUGCUGGUGCGCCUAGGGCUGAUGAGCUCUCGAGUCUGCCAGUGGAACACCUCAAGGAAUGGAGCCGUGAGGUUUUUGAGUACGCCGACCUUUGGAUCUCGAAGGACACAGAGAGGACCCAGCAACUCACUGGCUACAUCCAAGUGUACAACAUGGCAGGCCUGGGGUGGCGGCAGGUCACCUCCAAGGAGGUGGCCGAGAAGCUCAAGGGGGCUCUGUCCGCUGGGGGGUUCUACGUGGAGGCGGUGGCCCGCAUCUACGUGGUCAAUGCCCCGCGGGUUUUUUCCAUGGCUUGGAAGAUGGUCCGCGGCUUCCUCUCCCCUUGGACCGCCUCGAAGAUCACCGUUUCCAGCGAGGUGCCACAGGAGCUCAUUGCAGAGCUGGGCGGCGAGGCAUCGGCUGCCAAGCUCCGGCGCCUUUGCGCUGCCGAUGUGGCGGCGCCUCUGGGUGCGCCGGUGCUGCGCCCGGAACAUCCGCGGCGAGCGUCGGAGGAGAGCUCGGUGAGCAACUCCUCGUGCUCCACGCGGUGCUCCUACGGUUGUCCCAAGGGGGCAGUCAAGGUGGCCGGAUUUUGGCUACAGCCACAGCAGCUCCCACCAGGCCUGGAGGACCGAAAUUUGGAAGCUCUUGUGGAGGAGGUGCACAAGGCUUGCUGCACCGUAGCGCCAGCCUCCAAGCAGCAGGCUCUGAGACUGGUCCUGGGGAUGGGCUAUAACCCCCAUGCGGCAGUUGCGAAAUGGCGCGAAGUCGUAGAAUGGCGGCGGGCACACCGAAUGGAUGACAUUCGCCAGAACUACGUGGCCAUCAUGCUGUCCAAUGGCGCUGCACAGUUUCCAAACCAGGCAGAGGUGUAUGACAAGCUUGUAGCCGUUAGCCCCUGUGCCUUCCUAUCCACUUCCGGCUGCCCAGUUUCAAUUUGGCACGCCGGCACCCUCAAUGUGAACGAUGCGACCACACUGCCACUGGACCAGGUCUCUGAGUGGAGCCGGGCAGUUUUUGAGUACAAGGAUAUAUGGAUAAGCCAGCAGAGCGAAAAGAGCAGAAGGCUGGUGGGCUAUGUGCAAGUCUACGACAUGCGUGGCCUGACUUGGCGCCACUAUUCUUCGCGUGAACUGGCAGAGAAGGUGAAGGCUGCCUUGCAGCCCGGCGGCUUCUAUGUCGAAGCUGUCAGCCACAUGUUUGUCAUCCACGCGUCUCCACUCUUCGCUGCAGCCUGGAAGAUUGCUCGCAAUUUGAUCUCUCCGUGGACGGCUUCAAAGAUCUCGGUAUCUGGUGGUGUGCCUGAUGAGCUUCUCCAGCUUUUAGGCGGACCUUCCUCCGAGACAGCGCAGCGUUUCCAAGACCUCCUAAGGAGGACCCCUGGAGAAGCUGCGGCACAGACGCGUGUGUUGCAGCCCACCUGGAAGGCCCAGGCAGGCCCGGAGCUUGCAUCAACGCCGACCGCGGAGUUGUCCUCAGAGUCGUGCAAAGCUGAUAUCUCCGACUGCCCGUCUCGGUGCGAAGAGGCAGAUUUGGAGGUCCCAGAAGGAAUGCGGAAGGCCGCAGGCUUCCUCUUGGCGGAGGACCAGCUGCCGCCGGGCCUGGAGAGCCAUUGCUUGGAUGCCUUGGUCGCCGAGGUCCACCAGAUGUGCUCGCAGGUGUCAGCCCUGACGCAACAGCAGGCGCUGCGGCUUGUGCUGGGCAUGGGGUACGACCGCGUGGCUGCGGUGGCCAAGUGGCGCGAGAUUUGCGCCUGGAGGGCUGCCAACAACAUGGACGAAGUGAGGCGGGAGCAAGCCCGCAAGGCAGCCAGCACAGAGGGCAUCCAUUUCCCCGGGGAAGAUAAGGUGAGGAAGUUCAUCAUGGUGCACCCCUGCGCGCUACUGGCCGCGGAUGGCUCGCCGGUCUCCAUUUGGCACGGGGGCACGCUGGCAUCGGGAAUGGACCUGGCACCAGCUGAUAUCACUGCCUGGAGCCAUGCAGUCUUCGAGUACAAGGACUUGUGGGUCGCGCAGGACAGUGAGGCCACCAGGACGUUGAAGGGAUACAUCCAGGUCUACGACCUGAAGGAUGUGAGCCUGAGGCAAUUGUCCAGGGACACUGUGGAGAAGCUGCGGUGCGCUUUGCAGCCAGGGAGUUACUACAUGGAAGCCGUUUCCCACAUGUAUGUAGUGAAUUCCUCAAUGGUAUUUUCCAUGGCCUGGAAGGUCAUCCGCAACUUGAUCUCACCCUGGACAGCCUCCAAGAUCAGCGUCUCCAACGGCCUCCCAGAGGAGCUUGUGCAGGCAUUGGGCGGCCCUCAAUCUGCAGCCCUGAAGCGUCUCAAAGAGAUUUUGGCAUCCAGAUCUGACGCAGGUCCGGUGCCAGUGCUUCGCCGAUUGCCUGACGCCUGAGAUGCUGUGCACCAAUUGCUUGAUUUGGCCUUUCAGCUUUCUCCCGCGGCCUCCGCUUUGCCAUCGCUCUGCUCCAGGCUU